UCUAAGAAAUCUAAGACACCCUUAGUUAUCUAGAAAGUAGCAACCACUCCAAUUGGCCCCAAAAAAACAUGUUGAACACACCAGUACUAAUCCACCAGUCACGCUACUCUGCUCAAAGCCUAUUCCAGUGGCACAAACCUUUCGUCUCCGGCAACCACACUGCAUAUUUUACCCUCCGUCCAAAGCCGGAUUGCGGUAGAACCCAGAAGAACAUUAGUGUUAGCUUUGUUCCAGGAAAUAAUAUUAAAGCCAAAGCAACAAGUGUUACUGACAACUCCAUUGGCGUUAAAGCUGUUGUUACCUCCCAACCGAGUGGCGAGCUCAUCUUGGAGCUUGUUAGCUGCGAGCUCGAUCCUAACACGGGACUAGAGAAGCCAACAAUCAAGAUGCGCGUUAAAGGGAGCAGUGCAGAUGAGACAGAUUUUUCAGUUCCAAGAGACUUUGGGAAAAUUGGUGCAGUGUUGGUACAAAAUGAACACAACAUGGAAAUGUAUGUGGAGAAGAUAGAGCUUGUUGGUUUCCCUAAUGGCCCUGUUCACAUCACAUGCAAUUCCUACGUUCAACCGAAGUCUUAUAAUCCUGAGAAAAGGAUCUUCUUCUUCAACAAGUCGUACUUCCCAUCCCAAACACCAAUUGGGUUGAAGAGUCUAAGACAAAAAGAGCUCGAAAACUUACAUGGUGAUGGCCAAGGAGAGCGCAGGAGCACUGAUCGGAUCUAUGAUUACGAUGUGUACAACGAUCUUGGCGAUCCUGACCGUGAUGUUAAAUUUGCUCGACCUGUACUUGGUGGAAAGAAGCAUCCAUACCCAAGACGUUGCAAAACCGGCCGUGUACGAUGCGAAAAAGAUCCAUUGUCGGAUACAAGAAGCUACAACAUUUAUGUGCCAAGGGAUGAAGCAUUUUCAGAUGUGAAGAACUGGAAAACAGUCGGGGACAAAUUUUCUUGGUUGAGAGGAAACGAGUUUUCUCGACAGAUUCUUGCUGGUGUCAACCCAUGUACCAUAGAGUUGGUCACGGAAUGGCCGUUGAAGAGCAAACUUGAUCCCAAUGUCUACGGCCCACCUGAAUCAGCAAUCACCAAAGAGCUGGUGGAACAAGAUAUCGGAGGCUUCAUGAAACUUGAAGAAGCCCUGGAAAAAAAGAGGUUGUUCAGGCUAGAUUACCAUGAUCUACUGUUACCAUAUGUGAACAAAGUAAGAGGUCUAUCACCAUCAUACAAAACUACACUGUAUGGAUCAAGGACACUGUUCUUCCUCACCACCGAUGGCACGUUGAGACCGCUAGCCAUUGAGCUGACUCGGCCACCAGAGGAUGGGAAGCCUCAAUGGAAGCAAGUGUUCACGCCCGAUUGGACAGCCACAGGCUGCUGGCUCUGGAGACUGGCCAAGGUUCAUGUCCUUGCUCAUGACUCUGGUGUUCAUCAGCUAAUCAGUCACUGGCUAAGAACUCACUGUUGUGUGGAGCCUUAUAUAAUUGCAACAUAUCGGCAACUUAGCGCAAUGCACCCUAUUUAUAGAAUAUUACGCCCUCACUUACGGUACACAAUGAAGCUCAAUGCUUUGGCACGACAACUCCUCAAUAGUGCAGAAGGGCUUAUCGAGUCAUCAUUCUCACCCGGUAAAUAUGCUAUGGAGCUUAGCUCUGUUGUCUAUGAUCAGCAAUGGCGAUUCGAUUUGCAGGCACUGCCAGCAGACCUAAUUAGCAGGGGAAUGGCUGUGGAAGAUGAGAAAUCUCCACAUGGUUUGAAGCUGGCGAUUGAAGAUUACCCUUUUGCCAACGACGGUCUCCUCCUUUGGGAUGCCAUUGAACACUGGGUUACUGAAUAUGUUAGCUACUACUACCCAAACGGAAGUCCCGAUCUUGUAGAGUCUGACCAAGAACUCCAAGCAUGGUGGACAGAAAUUCGAACAGUAGGCCACGGCAACAAAAAGGAAGGGUGGCCGGAGCUCAAAACCACGAAAGAUCUGAUAGGAAUUCUCACAACUAUGAUAUGGGUAGCAACUGGUCACCAUGCAGCUGUGAACUUUGGUCAGUUUGACUAUGCUGGUUAUUUCCCCAAUAGGCCUACCAUUGCCAGGGAGAACAUGCCUACCGAAGAGCCAACCAAGGAACAGUGGGAGGCUUUCUUAAAGAACCCCCAGGCUACUUUCAUGAUGUGCUUCCCUUCACCAGAUCAAGCUUUGAAAAUUAUGGGCAUCUUGAAUGUGUUGUCCAAUCAUUCUCCGGACGAGGAGUAUAUCGGUGAGAAGAUGGAGGCAGCCUGGAUUGAGGAACCCGAUAUAAAGAAAGCGUUCGAGAGGUUUAAUGGGAAGUUGAAGAAAAUUGAAAGUAUUAUUGAUAGUAGGAACACAGACUUUAAUUUGAAGAAUAGAAGUGGAGCUGGAGUGGUGCCAUAUGAGCUACUGAAGCCAUUUUCGGAAUCUGGGGUGACAGGGAAGGGAGUUCCUAAUAGCAUCUCCAUUUGA